AUGUCUGCUGCCAAUCGUGGUCGCGCGCCAGCGAGCAGCAGGAAGCGUGGCAGAGACGCCGAAGACGAUGCCCCUUCUUCUGCUGCUGCACCGCCAUCAAGUCCCCCCGCUUCCUCCCCACCGGUGUUUCCUCAAGGCGACGAUGUAGACGACGGAGACAACCUGGACCCUGAAGACGAACUCAUUGGCGACAUUGACGAUGUAGACGAAAUGGCCGAGGACGAUGCAGGCAUUGACCUCUUCGGCGACAACUUCGACCGUGACUAUGACAGAGCGGAAGAUAGAGGAUAUGCUGGAGCUGAUAUUGACGACGACGGCGACUAUGACGAGCUCGACAUUGCAGCACGAAGACAACUCGAUGCACGACUCAAUCGGAGAGAUCGCGAGCUGGCGCGUAGAAUGCCCGCUGCGUUCUUGCCAGACGAGGAGGAGGAUGUUAUGGACCUCACGCGACAGCCUCGCAGACGCAGACACAGAUAUGACGAAGACCAGGAAGACGAGAUGAUGCAUGACGAUAUCAUGAAUGAAGAGCUAUCGCUGGAAGCCUUGGCUGAUGUCAAGGCCGCAUCGCUAACAGACUGGGUGGCACAGCCGGCUGUGCACAAGACAAUCGCUCGCGAAUUCAAGGCCUUCUUGACUGAAUAUACCGACAGCACAGGCACUUCUGUAUACGGCCUCAGAAUACGAACACUUGGCGAGGUAAACGCUGAAAGCUUGGAAGUCUGCUGGGAUCAUCUAUCCGAGUCGAAGCCAACACUUGCAUAUUUCUUGGUCAACGUGCCGACCGAGAUCUUGCCCAUCUUCGACGCUGUGGCAUUGGAAGUCGCACUCUACCAUUACCCUGACUAUGAGCGUAUUCAUAGCGAGCUGCACGUCCGCAUCACAGAUUUACCGGUCUCGUACACGCUUCGCCAACUUCGUCAAUCGCAUCUCAACUGUUUAUUGCGAGUGAGUGGCGUGGUUACUCGCCGUACUGGUGUCUUUCCACAACUGAAGUAUAUUAAGUUCGACUGCACCAAAUGCGGCAUCACUCUUGGUCCCUUCCCACAAGACAGCAACGCAGAAGUCAAACUCAGCUACUGCCAGAACUGUCAGUCUCGCGGUCCUUUCACGGUCAACAGCGAGAAGACAGUCUACCGCAACUACCAGAAGCUCACACUACAAGAGUCGCCCGGCACUGUUCCAGCUGGCCGCUUGCCACGACAUCGGGAGGUCAUCUUGCUAUGGGAUCUCAUCGACUCAGCCAAGCCCGGCGAAGAAGUCGAGAUCACCGGCGUCUACCGCAAUAACUACGACGCCCAACUCAACAAUAAAAACGGUUUCCCAGUCUUUGCCACCAUCCUCGAAGCAAACCACGUCGUCAAAUCCCACGACCAACUCGCCGGCUUCCGCCUGACGGAAGCCGACGAACGCGAAAUCCGCGCCCUCUCUCGCGACCCGAAAAUUGUCGAGAAAGUCGUCGCCUCCAUCGCUCCCUCGAUCUACGGCCACGAUGACAUCAAAACCGCCGUCGCCCUCUCCCUUUUCGGCGGCGUGAGCAAAGUGGCUCAGGGCAAACACAGUAUCCGCGGCGAUAUCAACAUCCUCCUACUCGGCGACCCCGGGACAGCAAAGUCUCAAGUCCUGAAGUACAUCGAGAACACCGCUCACCGCGCCGUCUUUGCCACGGGUCAGGGUGCUUCGGCUGUCGGUCUCACAGCUAGCGUCCGUCGGGAUCCCAUGACGGCUGAGUGGACGCUUGAAGGUGGUGCGCUGGUGUUGGCGGAUCGAGGUGUUUGUCUUAUUGAUGAGUUUGACAAGAUGAACGAUCAGGACCGAACGAGUAUCCAUGAGGCUAUGGAGCAGCAGACGAUUUCGAUCUCAAAGGCUGGUAUUGUCACCACGUUACAAGCACGGUGUGCGGUCAUUGCAGCCGCAAAUCCGAUCGGUGGACGAUACAACGCCACAGUGCCUUUCAGCCAGAACGUGGAGCUCACGGAGCCGAUUUUGUCACGUUUCGAUAUCCUGUGUGUGGUGCGAGAUACUGUCGACCCGGUAGAGGAUGAAAGACUGGCGAAUUUCGUGGUCAACAGCCAUGGUCGUGCUCAUCCUGUUAUGAGUUCAGCGUUGGGAGCGCAAACACAGACCACGGCCGCCGCGACAGAGAAUGGAGAAAGUCAAAUGGACGUGGAUGGCGAGGGUCUGCAGAGUCAGAGUGCGAAGCCGACUUCUCCCAUCCCACAAGAGCUAUUGAGAAAGUAUAUCCUCUACGCACGAGAACACUGCCGACCGAAGCUCUACCAGAUUGAUCAGGACAAGAUUGCUCGGUUGUUCGCGGAUAUGCGGCGGGAGUCGCUUGCUACGGGUGCUUAUCCUAUUACUGUCCGCCAUCUUGAAUCCAUCCUCCGCACCAGCGAAUCCUUCGCCAAAAUGCGGUUAUCCGAGUACUGCCACAGUGGCGACAUUGACCGUGCCAUCGCUGUCGCAGUCGACUCGUUUGUCGGCAGUCAGAAGGUGUCGUGUAAGAAGGCGUUGGCGAGGGCUUUUGCCAAGUAUACUCUUAAGCGUCCUGGUGCUGUCAGGGGUAGUGGUGCUGCUGGUGCUGGUGGACGGGCUGGGAGGGCGAGGGAGGUGGGUGUCCGUGCUUGA